AUGGAUAGUGAGAUUUUAAUUUACGAAACCUCCGACAUUGAUUGCAGUUUUGAGCCUUUAGAUAACCAGUUGCCAACAGGCUCUGAAGGCGCUAAAUCAAGGCCAAAACAAAAAUCAUACCGCAAAAAGGUGGAAUCUGCGUGGACACACGAGUAUAUUUUAAAACUUAUAGAGGAAGUUGAGGCACGGCGGAGUUUAUGGGAUGCUGGUUGUGCUGAGUACAAACUUCCUAAAUAUAAUUUAUGGCAAGAGGUCGCAGAUAUCAUCCAAGUAAGUGUUAACGACUGCAAAGGAAAAUGGACAAAUCUCCGCACCAGUUUUAAUUGCAAUUUGGAAAAAUUCAGGAAAAAAAAGUCAGGCCAAGGCACUGAUGAACAAUUUCAAAUUGUUUGGCGAUACUUCAAACCCAUGAUGUUUUUGGAGACAACAAAAGUGCGCCAAGCAACGCAAUCUAUUUCAUCCAUGCAACUGAAUUCAGCAACCACAGAUGAAUCGACGGUAGACGAAUUAGGAUUUAGCGAUGAGUUGGCAUCGAUUUCGCCAUGUACGUUUGGAAAAAAACGCAGCCGCCAAAGUACUGCAACAACGUCGUCAACACCAUCAAGCAAUGUUAAUCUAAAGGAGAUGGCUUUAGAGGCACUACAAUCAUUGCGAUCAGCCGACUCUCAACCUAAGGACGCAUGCACGGUUUUCGGGGAAUAUGUUGCCGCCGAAUUGAGAAACCUGUCACCAGAACAAGCUUCAUUCGCUAGAGCGAAAUUGAGGCGUUCAUUGAUAGACAUAUUAGAUGAGGCGGCUUUGAUUGUACCGCAGCAGCAAAACCAAGAAUAAAAGUGAAUAAAAUAUAAUAAUUUUCAUUCUUGCUUUAUAUAAAAAGGGAAAAAUAACAAAAGCAUUUCAAAAUGCACACAUUAAGACAGCA